CACUCCUCCUCCUCUUCCAUCCCCACAACGAGGCUCAUCAUCCAGGAGGACAUUCAUCUCACCCUCUUCCUCUCUCUCUCUCCCUCUCUCUCCCUCUCUCUCUUUCCUUCAACUCCUCCUCUCCCUCACCGUCCGAUCUCUGCCCUCCCAACCCCCGCUAGUCGCUUGUUGGUCGGCGUGAGAAGCGAAGCCUAAGGAAACCCUCGGCUCCGCUCAAUUGAUUCUCUCGACAAACUCGGUUUUCCGUCUCCACUCCAAAGCUUCGACACCGACCGUCGAAAUUUGGAAACUUCUCCCCUUUUCUUCCCCCCUCCGCCUCCCCAGUCCCAGUCCGCAGUCUCUGCUCCCCUUGGAAAAAAAAAGUGCCGUCUUUUGAUCAGACAAACUCUUCCAACCACCGCAUCCUGCACCCAUCCUUCAAUCGCCAGACAAAGACCAGCAAUUCCUGUUCUCUCUGUUCGUGAACUGCUUCGUUGUCUGCUCAGUCGACCGCCCCGUUGGGAUUGCCUCGUUGGGACAGCACAAGACAGCUCCUCUCCCCACGCAUCGACGCGAAUUCCCAUUUAAGAUUACGCUGCUGCCAAGACCACCGCAGCCAUAAUCCAUAAUCCAUACCUAUCCGACAUAAAAGGUACGCUGCCACCUCUUCUUCCUUAACACCCUCUUUGAGCCCACCCCAAUUGACGAAGCUUUAAUUCUUCACGCUUCGCUUCAUUCGUUGUGGGCAAGAUCAUCGACCAUUGCACUAGUUGGACUAACUUCUGGAUCUCCCUGUCUGCAGCAUUCUGGCAUGCCAACGGUCGCGUCCAUCGAGCAUUCUCCCCGAUCCUCAAGCCUUCUCUGACCUCUCGCCGAAACACGCACAGAACAUCACCCUACUAAUCCCAAUCUCAAUUCCAGCAUCCAAGGCAGGAGACGUUCACUCGUUCAUCCAGCCCCCGUGUCUCGUCCAUUUCACCGCAUUACUGCUCACCUCGAACCUCCAACCUCUCGAGUCUGGUAAAGGGAUUGUGCCGUUUCCAGAACCGCUGGAGAGACAAUUGACCGUUUCUGCAAUCUCCCGUUGGUACGUAUGAAGCCGCCGCCAUUUCCCCACAACAUUCUCUACCGGCGGCACUUUAACCUGCUUGCUCGCUCGCCCUUGAGCCGUUAUCGAGACCGUUUGGGAGCCACUCCCUACCACCCACUAGACAUUUCGCUAAUCACUGUCUCAUCUUUAGAUCUUCAACAUUCAUAGUCGUCUUUGAACUUGCCUGUCACCACGAUCACCGUUGGAUCCUUCUGUUUUUAUUUUUUCGCGAGGCCAGUUUCACCGCUAGCCAUUGUCAUUCUUUUUCUGCUUUGAAUAUAAUUCCCCCACGCUCUCUAAUAUUAUAAUCUCUCGACACACCGGAGUAUCGUUCACCUCGAACCAUACAGCACAUUCCUUCACAGCAAUCCAGUGAACCCGAACAAUAUCGGUCGAAGCUCCUGGCGAACUAGACGUCCAUUCCUUGCCAUAACAAGAAAACCUCUUCAAACCUCACUUUUCACUCUCGACCUCACUCACUACUACCUCACUCAACAUGGCGUACCAACAACCCGAUGAUACCUACUUUGUCGAGUCCGACUCUCAACCUCAGUUUAGCACCCGCGAUUACCUCCGAAUGUCGGGUCGACGGAGGCAACAAGAUAUGGCAAAUGAGUUGUCGAGGCAGGCCUGUGAAACUUAUAUGGAAGACAUCGUCAAACACAUGCAUCAGAUGGAGGUCAAUAACACUUGACCUUGUAACUUGAUUCUAUAUACCGUGCUAACAACCCCCACAGGGCGAAACUCUUCCUGACGUUGCCUCGAUUGACAUCCAACAAGAGAUUCAAUGGUUCAUGAGACCUUACUUAAUCGAUUUCCUAAUUGAGGCUCACGCCGCUUUUCAACUUCUCCCCGAAACCCUUUUCCUCGCUGUCAACCUUCUGGACCGAUACUGCUCACGACGAGUGGUAUACAAGAGACACUACCAAUUGGUUGGCUGUGCCGCUCUCCUCAUUGCUGCCAAGUACGGAGAUAAGAAGGAUCGGGUCCCCAUGAUUAGAGAGCUGAAGUCAAUGUGUUGUUCACUUUACGAUGAGGAGAUGUUUACCCAAAUGGAAUGGCACGUCCUGAACACCUUGGAAUGGGUCAUCGGACACCCCACCAUCGAUACAUGGAUGCAAUUGUGCACCAAAGAUGGAGCUGAGGACCUCGAGGUGGAAUACAUGGCUCUAUACAUUUCCGAGAUUGCCAUGUACCACAAGGAUUUCGUCUCCAAGAAGCCUUCCGUGAUGGCACUUGCAUCACUAGCUUUGGCCAAAGGUAUUCUCAACCGACAUGACGACACCUUGGACUCGAACGAUGCCGAGGUCAGUUUUGCGUUUGUUGAACUGUCACAGAAGCUCGAUCGACCAUCUCAAGUCCUCUUCCGCAAGCAUGCUACACAACACACUUCUCGCGUCUCCAUGACUGUCGAGGCAUGGUUGCGCCAACAAGAACUCCGCCAGCAAGAGAUGAUGAACCGUAGCCGAAACCCUCCCACACCGCCUGCGGAAACUGUCGCCCAAAAGCACAGUGGCAAUCAAACUUUGUUCCCCGGUACACCACAAAAGUCAUAUGGAAACAACAUGGUCAACGGUUACAUGACGCCUCCGAUUACACCAGAAGGAGAGUACUUCACUGGUGGUAAUGGAACCGAGAUUAAAGGAUACCAACCGGCACCCCGAUGUCCCGUCACCCCAACUCCACAAAUGAAUCAACAAUACCAGCCAAGCAAUCUACAUUACCAACCCUACCAUACGGACAUGGAAAUGCAAUGAUUUAAUCGCACACUUGGGUCGGCCGUUUCGAUGACCUUUUCUCCCAAAUAUCAGAAUACUCAUAUGUCCAAUUUGUACCGAAUGUGCGCCAUCUGACACGAUUCUUCAAAAAGAAAAACUUUUCGUAUGUUGGCAUAAGCGUUUCCUCAAUUUUCGCAUCUCGUUAUCAUCACAGCAUUAGCGAAUCGAGUCUUUUUUUUGUGCCUUGAAAGUUUAGCGAUUUCCUCAUUUCUUUUUCUAGUUUCCUUUCUGUCAACCUUUGACUUUUGUACCCUACUACAAGCUAGGACGAAAGAACAUAACAUUCGUGCACACAACAUUUGGACGGACGAGAAUUUCUUUUCAAACAAAAAAGUAUAUCGAGUGGACAGAUGAUGUCAUGGCGGGCCCCGAAUGGGUUUUCGGGCAUGGGGAUUAGAUUGUUACACGCCUUCCGUCGAGGUUCAGAACUGGAACCAAAAAGAUUACAUAAUCUGGAUCGAGAUGGGGAGUGGUGGAAAAGGGUAUGGUGGGAAGGAGUGGUAGUGGAAAUGGGAUUUGGGGAGUUCACUUUGGGGUCUUUUAACGGGUGCAAGCCGAGAAUAAUAAUGCCCUGGGGUGGGGGGAUCUGGAUGGAUGGAAGGGGGAAUUUGGUGGAGGAAGGACGAGAUACCCGUUCUGCUUGUUGAUUUGAUCCUUUUUUUUUCAUGCCGCAGAAUGGAUAUAUACAACUGGUUUUUUUUAGUUUUCUUCUUUCCUUAAAAAAAGGAGAACUGGAAAAUAGUUAAAAAAAGGCAUUUACAAG